AUGGUGGUCGCAACUAUCAAGUGCGUCGUUGUUGGUGAUGGUGCUGUUGGCAAGACAUGUCUGCUCAUCAGCUAUACCACCAACAAGUUCCCUUCCGAAUAUGUUCCUACAGUAUUCGACAACUAUGCUGUCACCGUCAUGAUCGGUGAUGAGCCAUAUACACUCGGCCUGUUCGAUACGGCUGGUCAAGAAGAUUACGACCGAUUGCGGCCGCUCUCAUACCCACAGACCGACGUCUUCCUCGUUUGCUUCAGCGUCACCUCCCCGGCGUCUUUCGAAAACGUUCGCGAGAAGUGGUUCCCUGAGGUUCACCACCACUGCCCCGGCGUUCCCUGCCUCAUAGUUGGUACACAGGUCGACUUGAGGGACGAUCCCGGUGUGAAGGACAAGCUGUCCAAGCAGAAGAUGCAGCCUGUGAGGAAGGAGGAUGGCGAGCGGAUGGCCAAGGAGUUGGGUGCGGUCAAGUACGUUGAGUGCAGUGCUCUGACGCAGUACAAGCUCAAGGACGUGUUUGACGAGGCGAUCGUAGCAGCCUUGGAGCCCCCUCAGCAAACAAAGGUUAAGAAGCACAAGUGUUUGUUGUUGUAGUCAUACCCAGAGGCCGCGAGCGUGCUUAUUCACCAGGGCGGGGCAACCCAGCCUUUCAAGGAACGCAGAUAUAGCAGCAAGUUCAGAUGGGUGACUGGGACGACUGCAUGGUCUGACGCCAAGCCCAAAGCUCUUUACUCUCGCCGCAGACGGCGGUGUUCCCCCUUGGGUGGGUGGGUGUUGUGGCCCUUGGGUGUUACUUGAGCUGCCCAAGGCGAGAAGAAGAGCAGGAGAAGCCGGCGAGAAAGACAUCCUCAGCACCACGACUCGAGCCUGGAAUCCGAACAUGCUGGUGGAUUUUUCUUUGUGGGAAGCAUAUAAGCAGGCUCUUGUUGCCACUUUCAGAAAGGUGCUUCUGAUGAACAUUGAGUGGUUCUGGGGACGAGAGGAGGCUGGUAAAUGAGGACAGGAGGAGACUUCUCUCUCUCUUUUUAUUUUUAUUAGAUCUGGACGUUAUCGUCUUUUUUGUUUCUCACCCGUUGAAGCGACCUUUUUAUCCCCCUUUUCAAUACGAACAGAUCUGGCUCCUUUGUGCACUGGUUGUCCUCAGCGCCCCGACAAGCAUUUGCAGUGCAGUGCUCACGUAAUGUAUAUACAUACACACAUAUAUAUGUAGGUACAUGUGGUUGCCAAAUUUCCGCCGUUAAAAGUUGA